CCAAGAGGUAGAAAAAUUCGUUUUGAAAAAUUAAAAAAAAAAAAUCAAAUAUGCGUCAAAUAUAAAAUAGCUUUUCAAACUCAGUUCUAAUUUUUGCUUUGUAUGGGAGCUUUACCAAAUUCAAAACUUUGAGAUUUUCAUUCCUCCAUGGCGUUCUCCCUCAACCAGCAGUUCACUUUGGUGUCAACCUUUCUUCUUCUUCUUCUCCUAAACGCUUCUGUCUGCGAAUCCUCUCACGGGUUCUCCAGAUAUGGUGCUAGAAUUUCCGGGGAUGGUUCCAGUCGGCACCUGUUGGAGUCCAGGAACACUCAGCACCCCAACAACUGUGGAGAAUUGGUGGCGCAGUCUCAGUGCUCGAGGAACUCAAAAUGCAGCUGGUGCACCAGUGAGGACCUUGAUGAUAUGUGUUUCAGCAAAUCUGAGGCGUGGAGGUUGCCACAACAGGUUUACUCUUGCACCUUGAUCCGGUGAGAUCCAUUCUCUUUUGUUUUUUUUUUUUCUCUGGGAUCUCUGCUACCCUAAAGUGCAAUACGUGAGCUGCAAUUCGUACGAAGUCGUGAGUUGAUGGAGGAUGGUGAUGUUGUAAUUGUAACUUUUGUGGAUUUGUUCAUUCGGUCUAUGAUUUGUCAGAUUCGAACCAUGUUUAGGAUAGAGGAACAGAAGGAGAGGACUUUGUUUGAUCUUUUGCUGAGUAAUUUUGUUUUCUAACUUGAUUUUUUUUU